AUGGUCCAUUUGGGAUCCUUUCUGCUGCUGUGCAGCGCUGUCCAUGGAUUCGCUGCUGCUUCAUACAUUGAAUAUUCCACUGUGGCCGGCUAUUUCCUGCAGGAUGACAAUGCCACCAAUGCCACGACUUUCGACUAUACCGCGACCAACUUCGGCCUCAUCAACCAGAGCUAUCCGACCGAUCCAGCAAAUUGCGCUCCUUUGACACAGUGGCAGAGGUUUGCGAUGCACGUCGCCGCUCUGAACGCUCAAGCUCCUCGGAAUGUCGACUACAAAUUGCUCUUCAUGGGUCGCCAUGGAGAAGGAUGGCACAAUGCGGCGGAAUCCUUCUACGGCACCCCUGCUUGGAAUUGUUAUUGGUCUCUUCUCGAUGGCAACGGGACGGCCAUGUGGUCUGAUGCGCAACUCACCGAGAAUGGGAUUUCUCAGGCAUUGAAAGCCAAUUCGUUCUGGUUGUCUCGUAUCCACGAACAGAAGAUCCCCACGCCUGAAACCUACUACACAUCGCCUCUCUCUCGGUGUCUGACCACGGCCAAUCUUACCUUCUCAGGCCUCCCACUGCCGCCCAAACACCCUUUCAUUCCAACGAUCAAAGAAAAAUUGCGGGAAGGGAUUUCCGAGCACACUUGCGACAGGCGCAGCAACAAGACUUACAUUCACGAUGAGUUUCCCUGGUACGAAAUCGAACAAGGAUUCUCCGAAUACGACGAGCUCUGGACAGGCGUGACCGCGGAGACAUCCUCGGCCCAGGACUUGCGUUCGAAGCAGCUGCUCGAUGACAUCUUUUCUUCCGACCGGUCGACUUACAUUAGCUUCACCUCCCACAGCGGCGAGAUUGCUUCGAUCUUGCGUGUCCUGGGCCAUCGUACGUUUCCGCUGAACACGGGGGCUGUAAUUCCGGUCCUGGUCAGAGCCGAGACAGUGGAGAGUUGCGCCCCGAGCAGUACUGUUUCAGACGCUUCAACGUGGACUCCUAGUCCCCAUUGUACGCUGCCGCCUGUGACAAGUAUCAGUGGAGGCGCGAAUGGUGGCUGUGUCUGCACGAACGGUGCAGCACCGGUCUUGACUACACUUGCGCCAGCUCCGACCCAAUAA